AUGGAAUACAAGUCGAAUUCACCCGAUCCUUCUUUAGAAAAACAGUUAAAAGGCCAUCGAGGUGCAAUAACAUCUCUAUUUUACAAUCCAAACGGUCAACAAAUUGCUUCAAGUUCCUUGGAUCAUAGCGUUUUGUUAUGGGAUCUACGAGGAACUAUGAGAAGUUAUAGAUUCCAAGGUCAUGAUGAAGCUGUUAUGGACAUAACAUUUUCCCCUUCAGGAAAAUAUAUGGCUUCAGCUUCUCGAGAUAAAACUGUCAGGCUGUGGGUGCCCACUGUUACGGGGAGCACUGGCAUGUUUAAAGCACAUUCACAAACAGUGCGUUCUGUUCAGUUUAGUCCUGAUAGCUCAAAGAUAUUAACAGCAUCAGAUGAUAAAAUAGUGAAGAUGUGGUCAAGUGAAAAGCACAAAUUCAUUUCAUCGUUUGUUGGACACACAAACUGGGUUCGAUGUGCUCGCAUGUCACAUGAUGGAUCAGUUAUAGCCUCGUGUUCUGAUGAUAAAACUACACGUCUUUGGAAUCCUGACACUGGAGAGUGCAUUCAUAUAUAUAAAGAUCAAAAAGGCUAUGGAAUGUAUAUAUCUUGGCACCCAUCUGGUUGUUAUAUAGCUAUAGGAACUUCACAUGGAAAUGUGAAAGUUUAUGACAUAAGAACACAUAAUCUUGUGCAGUAUUACAGCAUACACAGUGAUGCAGUUACACAAUUGGUUUUUCAUCCCAGUGGAAGCUACAUAUUAACAUCAAGCAAAGAUGGAAAAAUGAAGAUACUGGACUUACUCGAAGGACACCCAAUAUUUACUUUAAGUGGACAUAGUGGUCCUAUUAAUUGUGUUAGCUUUUCAAUGAGUGGAAACAGUUUUGCAUCAGCUGGUGAAGAUAAAUUGGUAUUUAUAUGGAGAACAAAUUUUACUGAAUUUGCUAAUGAUUCAAAAGAGAAUGAAGAUGGAAACCAAAUGUUGUCCAAAUCUGUCCCUCACACUGCUCCUACGACUGGAGGAAAAGUUAAGGUUGUCAAAAACAGA